AGGAAACCGGCGUUAAGAAGUUCAACGAGCUGCUGCUGGAACCACGAACAGAGAAGGGAUUUCAGACAAAAGCCACAAACCUCACGGAACAUCUGAAGUGCGGUUCGGACUGUUUGCAGCGCUGCAGAAAGUAUGGCUAAAGGAACGUUCUUCUACGCGGUGAGGAAAGGAAUCAAACCAGGAGUCUACAAGACGUGGGAUGAAUGUAAAAACCAGGUAGACAAAUUCCCAUGUGCCUCCUAUAAGAUUGCUUCAGAGAAAGAUGCCUGGGCGUUUGUCAGAGGAGUCCAGCCGUCCGCAGUUCCAGAGGUGACAGAAGGAGUGCAGAGUGAUGGGUCCUCGUAUAGUCUACUUCCUAAGCGAGGCCCAGAGCCUCUGGAGUACAUCCCUAUUGGUCAGAAGAGGUGUCACUCAGGCGAGGAGGUGGAGUCAGUCCCCAAACGAGUCAAACUGUCAGACUGCAGCAGCUUAUCAUCAGAAGCCACAGAUGGAUUCACAUACAUGGGUGACGCUGUGGUUGUUUUUACUGAUGGCUGCUGCUCGGCUAACGGACGGCGCGGCGCCCGAGCUGGCAUCGGCGUGUAUUGGGGCCACAAUAACCCGCUAAAUGUUUCCGAGCGGCUGCCAGGACGACAAACCAACCAGAGGGCGGAGCUCCAGGCUGCCUGCAGAGCUCUGGAACAAGCCAAAGAAAAGAACAUCAAGAAGCUGGUUCUUUACACAGACAGCAAGUUCACCAUCAACGGUGUGACCAAGUGGGUAAAGAACUGGAAAGUCAACAACUGGAGGCUGAAGUCUGGAGGUCCAGUCACCAACAAAGAAGACUUUGUGAAGCUGGACCAGCUGAACACAGAGGUUGAUGUUGUCUGGUUGCACAUUCCGGGUCACUCCGGCUACAAAGGUAACGAGGAGGCGGACCGACUGUCCAGAGAAGGAGCCGCGCAGCCUUCACAGGAUGAAGGAAGUUUGGACUGAGGGGCGGCAGCAGCUGAUGUUUGUGCUUGUCAUGUUUUCCUUUGUGUUUCUGCUUUGAAUAAAGUUCAGCUUUCUCUUA